AGAAGGCCAUCGCGCUCGUCGGGCCGUCGGGCCAACCGUCAGUUGGCGUAGUUACCUGGUUCUGUUUCUGUUUAUCCUUCUGGACCGUGAAACAAGACGCGGGCCAAAAUUGGGUGAUUCGCCGACGUAGAGGCGUUUCGGACGCAUCCGGAUACAAGGCUUGGCCAGCUGCGCCAUUCUUGUUGUGUGGUUCUUCUCAUCAGCCACACUACAUCAGCCAACCCUGGGUGCCGGGUCGUCGUAGUCGGAUUGUUGUAGUUAGCUGUUGCGAUGUCACACACUGCAGGAAUGGACACGGUCUUGCCUGUACCGGAUGCCAUCCCCCCGCUCGAGAAACUGCAAGAGGACCUGGUCUCGAAUCUGGUCCAGGAGGUCAAAUUUCAACCGGACCUCCACCAAUUACCUAUUACAACAAAGGACGAUGAGAUAACGAUUGGUGCUCGGGACAGAUCCGCUCAUGUACUAAGAUGCCUGAAGGUGGUGUACGACUUGUCGUCAGAUGUAUUCUUCAUUGCGAUCAAUCUGAUGGACCGUUUCCUGACGAAAAUGAAGGCAAGGCAGAAGCAUAUGGCCUGCAUCAGCGUGUCGGCCUUUUACAUAGCCGCCAUCCAAUGCGCGCAGGAAAUAGAUGCCGACCAUCUAGUCUCGAUCUCGCAAUGUCGAUGCACGGCCGACGACCUGAGACGUAUGUCGGGGGUGAUACGAGACAAGUUGCAGUGGGUACCCGGUACUCAGCCCACUACCACCUUGACUUUUCUACGGCUGUUCAACAAUAUGUUUCACGCGGUGGCGAAGCAAAUGCAUCUCGGUGACGUGUAUACCAGCAUCAUCAAGACUGCGCUCUCACGAGCACCGUUCGUCCUGUUACAGGAGUCCGAAUUGAUCCUCAGAUUGGAAAUGGUGGCUUGCGACGGUAAUUGCGCGAGCCUCAGGCAAUCUGAGGUGGCUCUGGUAUUACUCUGCACUUAUUUGGACGCCGCUGUUAAUCGGCUGAAUGCAAAUGCGGACGCCACUGUGUCUGCUGACGGUCCAUCUUCACACAACGCAUCCACCAUUGCGCCAUCCUACCAGUUGCUGAAAGACGAACUCAUGCAGUUCGCCAUGGGGCUCCAAGAGAAAUGCAACAUUUCAGAGGAGAGUUUCUGCUCUACUCAUGAGGCGGUGGGCGCCAUACUGAGCAAGUAUAACGCACAGGAGCAAACUCCUUACAGGCAGGAACUAAUCUGGAAAGUUUCGUCGCGUACCGCGGGUAUUUUACGUCCGACCCACAAUUUCAGAUCCGUGCUACCCGCCAUCGCGGAACAUGCGCCGACUCCGUCUCCGAGCAGAAUCAGGAAAACCCGUAAAUACGCUCGACGCCAUGGCAAUAAGAGACGUUAAAGUAGCACCACCAUUUUUUUGAGAGUACGGCAUUGGCAUUUUCUUCUGGUGUAUCAAGUAAACUACUUUUGAUAUACUGGAUAUGUCUGGUCCACGCGUCAAGUAAAAGCGCAAGAUUUUCACUUUUUCCAGUACGAAGAUCAAAAUUUUACUCGAGAGUACAAACGUCGUUUCACGCGUUACAAUAAUUUCCCUUAGAAGCUCCGUUUGUGUCAUCUACUGAAAUGUACAUACUAGCAAGACACAAGUCUUUUACUGUAUAAAAUAUAUAUGUUUUGCCAGUAUGUAAAUUCCUCAUUAGUCGCACCAUAUAUUAAUCUCGGCUCACUUUCUCAUCGCAUUACAUGCAUGUAUUUCGGAAUAUUUGUGCAAAUAUUUUAUGAAGAAGACAAGGAUUUGUGCCCCUCCCCGUUCCUGCGAUAAGAUUGAAUUGCUGUUAUAGGGAUGGGGAGAGGGAGAAGGUAAACAGGUACAUAAACACUGUGACGAGCAGAAACCUAGUAAUCAUCUUUAAGAAAUAUUGAAAAUUAAUGUGAUACAAAAAAAAUCCUUUAUAGUUAUUAUCUAAUUAGUAAAACAAUAUCGCUUAGCAAAAACGUAUAUCUAUAUAUUUACAAGAUGUGUUAAAAACGAGGAAAAAUUAUAAAAGAAAAAAUAAUGAGAAUUGCGAAAGUGUGUUGAAAAUUUCGUAUAACGUAAAACGGUUAUUGGAGGAAAAAAAGAUUAUAAAGAUUGGUCGACAUACCAAUGAGAGUUGAAUGCGCUUAAACUUGUGCUUGCUAGGUUUGACGAAGAAAGAAAACAUUUUGUCAGAUCUAGUGUCAUGUCUCGAAAAAUACGCUUCUCUUUAUCGUAUCUGAUCGUAUCUCCGCGUCGAGAAAACGGAACAAUCGAUAAAAUAGGUUUAUUGCACUCUGGAUGAAUUUCUUGGCGUGUACGCACAUGUCAGAUAAAUAAUGAACGAAUAACGGGGAAAUCUACGAAAUGCACAAAUGUGUAAUCCAGAGUGUUGUGGAGACGAAUUUCGCUAUCGCGUUGCAAUAUAAAAGAAAAGACGUGAUUCUUUUUAUGUAUAUUCCAAAGAUAAAUCAUUGCAUUUUCUUUUUUAAAAAUUGAAUUUUAUUCGAAUCGCUUCUUUUCUGUAUGAGAUUAUCUCGUACGUUUUGAGAUUAGAUUUUCUUACCGUAAUAAUACAAACGCUUUGUAUUGAUAUCAGUAUUGAUAUCAGCUUUACGAUCAUUUAUUAGCUGAUUCGACCGCGAUAAAGUAAUAUAAGAACGUGUCAAAGAAAAGACAUGAAGAAAUACUCGUAAGUCGUUGUCCUUAAGUCUUGAUUGAUCGCAUAAUAUAGUAUAAAUGUGUAGACUGCGUGCAUUUUGUGUGUACGCGAUCAAUUAAGGAUUAAGCGCAAUCACGAAAUAUCGAAAUGUGAGAAGCGAGUGGACAUCGUAUAGAAAUUCGUUCGCAAGCAGAUGAAAGCGCGUAAACGACGCGUCGUAAUGCGAGCCAACAUAAUUUGUAAUUUUAUUUAUUUGACAAAAAACGUUGAAUCUUUUAUAGACGGUUUCUAUACAUUCUCAUACAUAAUUUCCCGUCAAUUUGUGCUACACGGUAUUGCGAUUCACGGUAGCUCACAAUUUGGCGCUCGGGAGCUAGUCCGCGUCAUCUGCGUCUUUGUAACUGAAGAAAAAGGAAAAAAAAGCAAUUGUUGGUUCAAAUAAGUUUGCAAAUCUUAGCCAGUUUACGCUAGUCAUAAGUCGUACCGUACUUUCAUUUCGUGAUCUGUGAAAAUACAUUCUCUUUUUGCCUUGCGGCAUCAAUACAUCGUGCAAAUUUUAUUCCACGAAGCUUUUUUUUUUUUUAAUUUUCUAACAAAUCUCUAAUCACCACGCAUGGAUAUUCGUAAAGUCACCGGUGUUCUUACUGGAAACGAGCCGAAAUGCUCCGCAAGCAAUGUAACGGAAGCACAAUUCAAUCGAGCAAAAUCACGCAUCUCAGGAUUAUAGCUGGUGCUGAGACGAUGUUCUUCUGCAGAUGCGGCGUAGCUAUUAAAAAUUUGAGACUGCAAGAACGAGAUGAAGAGUCUGAUUUUAUAAUAUUAAAUCUAUAAGAUGAGAUAAAUUACUUUUGUCUUUUCGGAUAAAGAGAAUAGAAAGUCUUGUCACGAGAUUAUCAUUUCUAUGUGUCGUGUAUAUAUAUAUGCUAUUUAUUUCAUCUGAAUAAUUUUAUUGAAAGAGAGCACAAAUUUUUACUUGUCGGUAUUAUAUGUUACAUAUAGUUUCUAAUUUCGUUAACACAAGUACGAUAACGUGUUUCUUUCAAAGAUCCUCUUGCGUAAUGUGGAACACGUAAGAGGUAAAACGGUGUAUUUACCUUUUACCAUUGACGACAAAAAAUGAAUUUGUAAUGCACAAAGUUCGUUCAUAAUAAAAUAAUAGAAAAAUACAA